AUGAACUCAACAUCAAAUAUUCACAACCUUCUCCAAGAAAUCGCAUUCAAAGGCGCCAUAUUGGAAAAACCCAACAACGGAGAUGCCAGAAGAGAAUUGUUGGCGGCUGCCCGCUCCCUCUGCUACAAGCUCGAAACGCCGAUUGAAUCUCUUCUUCGAAUAUGCUGGGCGGAGGUGAGCUACCUCAGUCUCCCUACGGAAGACAAAGAGACAUCUUCACCUCAUUGCUGA